AUGCUACUGGAACUGCAUGGAGUAUUUGAAACCAACAGCACUUUUGAAUAUGAAGACUAUGAGUAUAAGGAAGAUUGCAUCACAAGAAGUUCCUCUCGCUCCAUCGCUGUCUUCCUUUCAAUCCUGUACGCUGUCGAACUGGUGCUGGGGCUGCUUGGUAACGUGUUGGUGCUGGUGGUUCUGGUCCAGAAAAGGAGGACAUGGAGUGUAUUGGAAAACUUUAUGCUGCACCUGAGCUUGGCCAAUUUGCUUCUUCUCAUUACUGUGCCACUAUGGGCUUUGGAUGCUGUGAACAGCUGGAGGUUAACUGGACUUUGCAAGCUGGCUGGAGCGAUAUUUAAGAUUAGCCUCUACUCCAGCAUUUUUCUGCUGGCCUGCUUCAGUCUGAAUCUCUACCUUUCUGUCAUUCACAACAUAAAGAUGUACUCACGACAGAAACUCAACCUGGUUAACCUCAGCAUCCUGGCUGUCUGGACCCUCUCUCUUCUUCUCUCAGUCCCUGACUGGCUCUACCUGCAAGCUACAAUCAACUCUGCUGGGGAUAAUACAGAAUGUGUACACAUGUAUCCAUCUGCAGCAUCACGUGUGGCGUCGCGUGUGAUUUAUCACCUGCUGGGCUUUUUACUUCCAACCAUCGUGCUGCUUUAUAGCCACUCGUGCAUACUGCUACAUAGUGAGUCUGAGGGGGUCCAGAAGCAAAGGCGUGUUCAAAAAGGGAGGUUCAUGUGCUUCAUCCGCAUCCUACUACUGGUCUUCUGUAUCAGCUGGAUACCCUACAAUGUUGCUUUACUGGUGAACACCAUCAGAGUGUCACCAAGUGAUUCUACCAGUGAUUGUGUGGAAGGCGUGUGGACUGCAGUAAAAAUCACAGGGAUUAUGGGAUGCCUCCACUCUUGUAUUAACCCACUGAUCUACUUCAGCUUUUCUGAUAAAUUUCGGCACUCUGUGUUGACCAUUAUAAGGUGUGGUGGUUGUGCUGUGGAUAGUGAGGAUUUGUUUCCAUGUGAAUCUAGAGAGAUGAACAAAGAUACUUCUGCACCAAAGGAAGAGAAAGAAUCUCUGAAUAUCUGUCUGACUGACAUUAACCAGACUGUUACAACACAGCAGAAAGAUGAAGUUAUCUGAUCACGGAAUACUGAAGUGGAAUUGUAGGUCAAAUGUAGGACAAAUGAUGCACUUUAAAAAAUCCAUUUUAGGAUUGCAAAUAUUUUUGAACCCCGUUAUGACUGGUUUAAAGCCGAACAUUCACGUUAUUGU